AUGGUUUCUCAAUUAUGCCGGGGCUGCCUUUCAACAGGGCUUGGCCGCACACCGCGAGCCCUUUUGCUGCAUCAGUCACUACCGUCACUAUCAUCGCCAACAACAUCAUCACUCUUCCAUACUAGUGCCACUCGAUAUGCCAAUCCCCUACAGAAAAAACCCAGGGGCUUGGACAACCUGCCCAAAUUUCGCGAGUCGAAAUCCGCUCGAAUGCGCAAGCCAAAGAAGACGGUGGACCGCGGGCGUCCACCGGCCGUCGGGGAACGCAAAGCUCUUCGCAAACGAAUCGUGUUGAGCAACACCAACGCUCUCGAGGUGCAGGGCAUGCGCGAGUUUUCCGAGGAGACAAUGGUUGAUUCUCGCAUUCGCGGUUCGGUGCUCGCUUUGCCCAUGCCUAUGGUUACGCAGUUGAGGGCCUUGCAGGCUUUCAAGCCUUCUCAGGGCUGGUCGCUUUUCCGCCGUCCGGGAGUUGUGCUCCGGCGUGAGACACUGGAGCUGGGUAGAAUUUUUGAGGGUAUCACGGAUGGAUCGGAGAAGGGUAAAGUGGUCAAGAGAAUUCUUACGGGGAAGAGGGUGUCCGGAAAGAGCGUUCAUUUGUUGCAGGCCAUGGCCAUGGGGAUUAUGAAGAAAUGGGUGGUUAUCAAUAUUCCUGAGCCCCAAGAAUUGGUCAUUGCCCACACCUCAUAUGCGCCUAUCCCCGGAACAAACCCUGUACAGUAUGUGCAAGAGCGAGCAACAUCGGACCUGCUGCAGCGCACCGUUCUCGCCAAUGAAGAGGUUCUAUCCAAACUGCACGUGUCAAUGGAACAUCCAGGGCUGAAAUCGCUCAUCCGGCCCAAAAUGACCCUGGCCGAACUCGCUCGCCUAGGCGUCCAGGACGUCACCAUCUCCUGGCCCGUAUUCCAGGCAUUCUGGGCCGAGCUCAACGCACCAAACCCUACUACCAAGUCUGAGGACAGCAAACCCACAGCCCGGCCGCCCAUUCUAGUAACCGUGGACGGUCUCGCGCACUGGAUGCAAGACUCCAAAUACCGCAACGCAGACUUCAAGCCCAUCCACGCCCACGACCUCGCUUUUGUCAACCACUUCCUCUCCCUUUUAACCAGCAGCCCAUCUCAAUUGCCCAACGGCGGAAUCGUGUUAUACUCAACUUCCGCUUCCAACAGCCCAGCCAUCCCAACCUUUGACAUCGCACUAGACCAAUUGAGCGCUCGCCAAAACGGGGUUUCUGAAUCAUCGCCCGAGUUUCCGCAUCCAGACCCGUAUGCUACCGUUGACAAGCGGGUUUUGGAUCUUUUUAAGCCGAGCACCACCAAGGGAGGAUCAUCAUCGUCAUCACUCGAACUGCAAACCCUCGGCGGUCUGAGUCGAGACGAAGCGCGCGGAUUCAUGGAAUAUUUCGCGCGCAGCGGCAUAUUGCAAGAGAAGAUUACUGAGGAAUGGGUCAGUGAGAAAUGGAGUCUCGCCGGCGGUGGGAUCAUUGGAGAGAUGGAGAAAUUGGGUAAGAGGUUGAGGACUGUGCUGUGA